AUGGUUGAAAUAGAAUGCAAUGAUCGUUUAGGUAAAAAAAUCCGAGUCAAAGCCAGUCCUAGAGAUACUAUUGGAGAUUUUAAGAAACUGGUAGCUGCUCAAAUUGGUACUGAAGCGCGAAAGAUUGUUCUCAAGAAAUGGUAUAAGGAAUUUAAAGAUCAUAUCACUUUGGAUGACUAUGAACUUCAUGAUGGCAUGAACGUUGAACUCUACUAUCGUUGA